UGGUUUUCGAACAUAUCAAAUAUCAACACCUCCGUACAUCUAUUUUUUUUAAAAAAGAAAAAAAUUACCAUACAAUAAAUUUUUCACUACUUGAUACCUCUGCAUCAUUCACAACAUCAUGAGCGAGUCUACCAACCAGACUAUUGGCCAAAAGUUCCGUAAUGCCGUAAAGGAGUUCCAAUCGGUAUUCAAUGGCUCAGAAACUGUCAUUUUAAGGAAAGACUCCAACGCUUAUCAAUCCAAAUUGUCAAAAUUGAUCAGUGAUUUCGUCUCUAUACAAAUAGUGGUCGAUAGAUUAAGCUUAUUCAGUGAUAAUGAAACAAUUGAUGAAAUUAAUACGAACUAUAUACCCUUUGCUAAUACUAACUAUUACCUCGGUGUGCUUUAUAUGAAUUUUUUACUCGACGAAAAGCAUUCAAAUAUCGAUCUUCAAGAUGAUAAAUUACUUCAUAAAAUGAAAAAUAUUUCAAUUGCUAAAAACAAAUUUCUUCAUUUUCUAAACCAAUUACAAGGUUUUGGUCAAAAUGUGUUAAAUGCAAAUCAAAAUUCUCGUUUAAACUCUUUCAAAGAAACUUUUAAUCCAACUUUUGAUGAAAUUGUCAGUUUUAAUAAUAAUCCAACUUUAAAAAGAGCUGAAAAAAUUUCAAAUUAUAAACUAGAAAAAGAGUUAAAUGGUAAGCUUGAAAUUCUUUUUGAAUAUUAUGACAAAUAUAAUGAUAAUAACGAUGAUGAUGAUAUCUUGAAAAAUUUUGAUGAAGAAAUUGUAAAAAAUAUCUUCAUUGAUCAAUUACGUCUUAACUCGAUUCAUUCUUUUAGCAACUUGGAACUUAUAGUAAUGGAGAUUCAAGUCUUAUCAAAUAGACCCGAACAAAAGAUACAGCCAAUCAAACCUCAGGAUCCUCGUAAAAAUGAUAAUUCCAAAGAAAAUGAUUAUGGCUAUACUCCAAAAUUAGAAAGUUUGCCUUUCAAAGAUAAAAAACAUCGUGAUCUUAUAUCGAAACAGGGAAGAGUUUUGCAACCUUUUACGAUUACCUCUAACAAGCAAGAACUAAGGAAUAAAGUUUUUGGUACUGGCCAAGUUUUACCGUCUAUGUCAGUUGAAGAAUACCUCGAUUAUGAAUUAGCUAAUGGUAAAAUGAUGAAAGAAGAAGUAAAAGAUGCACCAAAGGGUAGUGAAGAUGAAGAUAGCGACAAUAUUGAUAGCGACGAAGAAUUAGAAAAAAGACUUUGGGAUGAUUGGAAAGACGAAAACCCAAAAGGUAGUGGUAACAUGGGUGCUAAUUUAGGUUAGAAUUUAUAGAACGUAUACUUUCACAUUUAAUGAAUAACGAUUCAACAAACUUG